UUGAUUUCUCGCUCUUCGUAAUGUACACUCAUUCUUGCUUUUUAUCCAGCAGGAAUUAACGAUACAGCCUAUCUAUUCAUCUCCUUCCUACCAUGAACUUGGAAUAAAGAAUCAAUAAAUAAUUGAAUGCCUACUCAUCCAGGCUGUAUACAACCGGAGACUGCUAACAGCCGGCCACGAUGUCCGGCUACCUUCCUCCACGCACAACCACCGGCCCACACUCCGACAUCUAUACACCCAGCUACCAACUCCAACGCGCCGAUACCACGGACAACCACACAGAUGUCUCACAUCAUUGGCCCAUAAUCCCGUCCAACAUUAUCCCAUCAACAAAAACACUCCUCACACUCGGCGACCCGGACAAUCCAAUCGUAAGCUUCGCCCCCCUGGGCUUCGGCUGUUGGCCAUGGGGCGAUGUCCUCUCGUACGGCUGGGGCCCCAGCAAUGGUUACGAUAAACGUCUCGACGAUGCGAGCGUCACUCGGGCAUGGAAGGAAAUAUUCAGGAACGUAUCCCCCGUCCUUCUCGACACGGCGGAGCAUUAUGGCUACACGGACGGAUAUUCCGAGAAGAGCAUAGGGCGGAACUGGUCUGAAGACACGACUAAAAAUCGACCCUGGCUUCAGGUCGCGACAAAGUUCAUGCCUACGCCGUGGAGGCAUCCAUUCAUGUAUCCGGAUAUAGUGUAUCGGGCGUGUGCGGGCUCAUUGGAUCGGCUCGGGUUGGGUAAGAUUGAUAUCUAUCAGCUGCAUGGGCCGUCGUACAUGGGGUUCUGGCCGCGGUUGGAGACCAUUGUGAAUGCGUUGGCGGAUUGUUAUGAUCAGGGAAAGAUUAAGGCGGUGGGGACGUGUAAUUUGAACAUCGAGCAGGUCAAGGCUGUGUAUACGAUUCUGAAAAAGCGCGGUGUGCCGUAUGUAUCGAACCAGGUCGAAUUCUCCCUCGCUAGACAGGAUCCAUGGAAGACUGGAUUGAUUGAAAACUGUCGCAAACUUGGAAUCGCCACAAUAGCCUACUCACCUAUCGGCGUCGGUCGCUUGACCGGCAAGUAUAAUGGCAACAACAAGCCUCGUGGCAACCGCAACUUCGCAGAUGUCAAAUGGGACAAGCUGCAACCAAUUGUCGACGAACUGCUACGGAUUGGUGAAAAGACUGGCAAGUCACCCGCAGCGGUGGCGUUAAAUUGGGUAAUCUGCAAGGGCGCUGUGCCUAUCCCAGGAGUCAAGAACGAGAAGCAGGUCAUCGAUUGCGCGCAGGCGUUGGGGUGGCGGUUGAGUAAAGAGGAUGAGGACCGGCUGGAUGUUUUGGGCUUGUUCAAUGCCCCGGAUUAUAGGCAGCUGCAACACGUGCAGAACUGGUGGUGGGAGCAAGGUUGAAUUGUCUCCCUGGCUCCCUGUGUUUGCCAUGCCAGUCCAGCCCGCUAUCAGCGGCGCUGAAUCAGUAUUCUUUAAAUGAGCAAACAAUUGACCAGGGCAUUUCCGUUCGUUCGAGAUCCGAGUAAACCGGGUUCUCGUGGUACGCCUCCUGUUUAUAUGAUUCGGGGUUCUACUUGAUUUUAUUUCUGUGCAUAACUUUUCUUCUGCACCUUAACACAGAUAAGGAGAUCAGCGCCAGCCAUCGACCUCAGCUACGUGUAAUUGAUGGUGUAAACUGUACUAGGGCACAUUACAUAUGUAAUGGUGAUAGGUCAAGGUAAUAUUGUCUAGGCCAAUAGAUUGCACUGGAAAAACCCUCAACGCCAUGAGUAGCUGUA